AUGAGAAUUAUAACGAUAUUUUGUUUCAGAUUAAAACGAGGGGGAGUGAGCCUACAGUUUAUAAUACCUCAGAAUACGAAGAAUUUGAUCUUUUUGCCAACCACGGGUGAAGCGGAAAAAAAUACACUGUAUUUUUUUCCUACAGUUUCCCACAGUCAAAUUUGACAUAAAAUUUUCCAAUUUUUUGAAAUGAUAGGAAAAAAAUACAUGGAAAAGAAAAAAAAAUUUGAAACCAGGGCGGAAAAAAUUCAACCCCCAAAAAUGAAAAAAAAACGCAUGAAAAAAAAUACACAUAAAAAAAAUAUUAAAUUACUAAUAUUUAAAAAGAAGCAAAGAAAAUGCUUUAUUAAAUAUGAAUGACAAUAG